AUAUAACGCCAGGCUCGAAUCAUGUUCGAAUUAUUCGAAUAUCGGCUAUACAACUAGGAUUUAUAAGAUGUCACGUCCUUAUGAGUCUUUAUGAUGACUUGUUAUUGGCAAACUAUGUAGCAGGGAUAUUCUGGAUUGGAUAUUGUGCUGGUCAGAUGGUUUCGUACCUGUGAUUUUUCGUGCGUGCUGUCAAUGCUUAUAGAAUGUCCUUGUGGAAUCGGCUUUCGAUGUGUAUGACGCAAAUCGUGGUGGGUUCGAAAAAGUCGCAUGUACUUUGUGCGAGUUACCGCUUUUGCAGGUCGUAUGCAGAAAUCGACUUGUCAAAGCAGCCUAAAAGGCCACGGUACCCAUUCCUUCGUUUUAUGUUAGGCUUGCGGCAAGCUGAACUGCGCAAUCAUCCCGCCUCCAAGUUGUCUAAGAUAGCCAGCGUUAAAUGGCAGCAAAUGAGCGAAGAUGAGAAAGCGCCAUACAUUGAAGAAUUCAAAAAAGAGAAUGCAGAGCACCGAAAGCAAAUGGAACGUUUCAAAGAGACCCUCGGCCUUGGCGAAUCUGAGUAUCAACAGGCUUUAAAAUGGUAUCGAGCUAAUAGUAAAAUAAAGUCUAAGCGGCAGUUUCGUAAAAUUAUCGAGGAGCUUAACGGGCCAAAACUCACCGUAGGGUCACCAUUCGGCCUUUUUUUUCAUGAAGCUUCGCGGAAAAGCAGCGAACAUGUUACCCAUGAGCGUACUCAGUGGCAGCAGCAGCAGAGCUCCUCAGCUGGAAAGGAACUGACAGAAACUGAAAAAUUCGUCUUUCCUAAACAGAACAGUGGCAUAAAUCAGACACCACAAAGUCGAAAACGGACGAAUAAAGGUAUCGUUAUGGCAAAGAACCGUAUGCAGUUCUAUAGUGAUAAGUGGAGGGCUUUGAGUAAACAGGAGAAGGAACUAUACCGAGUAGAAUACAACGACCGAAUUAAUGAGUACAAUCGUCGAGUCAUCACAUGGUGGACAGAGUUAUCGUCGGAGCAGCGGGACAAGGUUGUAAACGCGUAUGAACGUUACGUGAUCUGGUUCAAAAACAGGGGCCGACCGCUCAGACCUCCCCCAUCGGAGCUUGUCGACGUAUUCGGAGAACAGCAGGCGAACUCGCUAUACCAUCGAGUGCUUAAACAGCACCGAAAAUGCAAAUAUUCUAACGGAUUGCCGUUUCCGUGCGUCCAGAAUUCCAGUACAAUUAGAAAUGGUGACGAUGAAAAUUCUGGCGAGGGUGAAACACCGGCUAGGAUUCGGCAGCGCUGGUCUCGUAAUAAGAAGGAGCUCGGUUUCAGCAUAAAAAUCCUAGAGCGAAACCCUCGUUAGCUGAUACUGUUGGCGUACCAUAUGGCGAAGUAUAGGGUUUGUUUACAUUAGUAAAAGGGGGCGUUUUUACGCGUUGUACAGAAAACUACUAUUUGAAGUUCUUAAAGUGCACGCCGGAUGGUUGUAGCUCGUGAUGUAUAAGUAAAUAGUUCAUAACAAGAGAAGGGAUCGAGAAACACUAUUGGGAAUAUUCACAAAAAAGGAUAGCAGGCUUUGAGUUGACGUUUGGAGUCAGGUAGAAAUACGGCGUGAAUACAAAGCAAACACUUUCACUCUAAACGUCUAAAACUGCAUGCCUUCUGUUAUGAUGGUGCCUGACUCUGUUGUUGUACUAACUGCACAUAAAAACACUCAGCUGAAUAGAGGUUUGCGUAUGUGAGAAAAGAAAUUAACUAUUUUCAAUCCUUACGAAAAAUGUGUUUAUGGAGACCGGAAUCAACCAAGUUUUGCGUUGGUUAAGUAGAUGCUCACGCCAAUGGGAUCUAUACGAAAGUGCUGCUAUGUAUAAUAUCAAGUGGCUUUACUGACUACAGAUUGUCGAGUGGUCGAUGACAGGAUCUGCUUAACGAAACACGUCAUAGCGCCACUAGGGACUAAAUUUGGUGGCACAUAAGAGAGCUGGUUCGUAUACCAUCUAAGUGAACAAAUUCACUCGCAUUCGUUAAUUAGAGUGUUUGGAAGGGCAGUUUUAGCUUUACUCACAGGUAUAUUUCCUUUAAACUGUGUGUCCUUGUUAUUAUCGGUGUUCAUUGAAAACUUGGUUAAAUUUCGUUUUUUUUUAAAUUUGCGUUAACGAGUCAGUGGUGCAUAUCAUUGGUGACAAUAAAUAGUAGGAGAAUCUUAAGACUACCUAGCGCUGUUGCCAGUCGAAAUAUAUAUAAAAAGAGUGAACCGCCAGACUACUGACUUUUGUACAUAUAUGUAUAAAUAAAUAACCAAUCAACGCCUCGUUAUUCCUGAUUAAUAUAAAAUGUUUGUCUGUAAAUAAACAUAUAAUAACUUUUCUU